UGCCCAAACGAGGCUGUCCAUAUAGGAAGGGGAAUGAAAAUCAGAGGGCUAAAUUAAAAGAAAAAGAAGACCAACUUACAAAGAGAAAAUGUCCUCUAACGGCCCUGUUGUAACGGGAAUAUCCCCUGCAGAAGGACCUCCUGGAACAAAAGUUAAGAUACGUGGAGAAAAUCUUGGAAAAAAUGCCUCAGAUUUGAUAGGGGUUUUUAUUUGCAAUAAGAACUGUACCUACACAGCAGAGUGGCAUCCUCAUUACAUCACAUGUAGAACUGGCUUAGGACUAGGGAAUGGGUCAAUAGUUGUUGUCACAAAGUCUGGUGGAAAAGGAACCAGCACAGUUAAGUUCAGAGGUUACAUGCCACGUGUUGGACUGCUCACAGAGUCAGCUGUUUGGGUUGAUGAAUCAAAGCUGUUUGAUGAGAAGCCAACUUCAGGAUUAUCCAUUUCCAGGCCACUGUCCCCAAAUUUUUCUGAAAAUGACCCACUUGGAGUUGCUCCUUCAGAGACAGGGGCUGUAAUACCUCCAGAUAAGAUUGACGAGAUGUACCCAAAAAGCAGUGGUAACCCAUUAUCAGAAAAUUUUCAUCCUGCGCGUUUCCUGCUGGAAAAACAUCUUGAUACAAGUUUCGAUGCUCUGAGGAGUGGGUUCUACCAUUUGGAAUCCCAGGAUACAAGGAGCUACUCUGGUCCUGCAUCUCUUGUGCGCUCGAAUCUAGGAACAAUUCUAGACUCAUUAGAUAUCUUAGGAGAAAUUCAGCGAUCUGUUUCUGAGGACAAGCAAGACUCUCCGGGCGGCUCAAUCACCAAAGAGCUCGAAGGCAUCUUGAAAAAUUGCGAUACGGUUGCCAAUUCGAUGUUCAAGGAUAUUUUGUCACGCAAAGACGAUGCUGACGCCAAACGCAAUGCUCUGAAUGUUCUUCAAAGGUUCAAAUUCCUCUUUAAUCUUCAAAGAAACAUAGAAAAGAACCUUCAGCAGGGUGACUUUGAAAUCGUCAUAAGUGACUACAAUCGAGCAAAGGCCCUGUUUCAGAACAGUGAAGUAAAAUCGUUUCAGAAAGCAUUAGAAAAGGUUGAUGGCCAAAUUAGUGCUUUCAUGGUUCAACUAAAAGAAAGGCUCUUUGAAUUUCCAUCUGUAUUAGAAGAGAAACGGCGCUUAAUAAGGUACCUGAGCGAUCUGGAUAGUCCUGGAGACCCUGCUUGGGAAUGCAUUGCAAAGAUGCAGCAAUGGAUCAAGGGACUUUUCUUGGAAUCCAAAGAUCAUCAUCAAAAGAAUGAUGUUGCGAACAGACUUUCACCGCCACUUACGCCACAGUUAGAUGUUCGUCCAAGUAGAUCGGAGGGAAGUAGACUUGGAGCUCCAUCUGAAUUUCCAAGUAAACAUCGUCGGACGCCAAGUGAGGGAUCAAGACCGGUUUACCUAAAACCGAUCAAAAAGCAACACAGUCGAUCUGGUUCUCUGACAUAUGUUUUACCAGACUCAAUAUCACCAAUUGGCCAAGACGAUGCUUCAAUACCAAAUGGAAUCCAAUUUAUCGAGGAGCUUUGCGAGCUGAUUGUGGGAAACAUGCCAGAUUUAUUGCAACUUGGCAAAGCCUACUUAUCUGGAGAGAUUGGAAGCAAGGUUAAUGCUGCUGGUGAAAGCCAAGUAAAUAUUGCAAAGUAUACGAAAAAGUUCUCGGACAUGAUCAGUGAAAUAGUCACACUCUUUUGCAACCUUGUAAAUGGUGUGUUGAGACCCUCAGUAAUUUUGAACUUGAAAGAAAGAGACAGAUCUCAAGCGGGAGGUUGGGCCAAAACGGAUUUGUACGUUGCAUAUUUUCCUAAUUGUGGACGCCAGAUAAGUGGUGCCUAUGAGACUUUGAAAUCUCUUGGGCUUCCAGAAGACUCUGUAGUCUUGCUAGGCAAUCUUGCCACUAAUGUUUCUGAGCAAUGCGUGAAGGAAGUUCUGCAAAGUACCCUAAACAAUGUCAAGCUACUGGAGCAUAAAGAAACAUGGGUGCUUGUCUAUGAUGAGAAUAACACUUGCAUUUCAAAACUGCCUAUCAGCUUUGAGAAGAUGGUAUCUGAUUGCAUUUCAUUUAUCAAGAAUUUCAUGCAUGAAACGACAAUUGAAGAGAAAGAAAAGCGCCCGGGGAUACGAAAACAUGUUGCCGACUCCACUAAAAAACUCGUUGAAGCAUUCCUGCAUUGUCUACAGAAUAUUUCGGAAAGAGAAGAGGAGUUUGACAGACAAAGGUCUUCUCCUGGAACCCAAAAAGAUAUUGCUACAGAAAUAACUCUCGAUAAGAAGUUUCUCGUAUGUCUGAGCAACUGUAAUUAUCUUCACGAAUUUGUGUUGCCAAAGCUUGGUUCAAAAUGCUCAAAAUGUGGAUUUGAAGAGCUUGCUAAUAUAAAAACGGCCUUCUCGUCAACAAUUAGCAAUUUUGACAAUAAGUUAUUCGAUAAAUUUAUUGAGCACAAAGGUGAUCCGUUGGUCGGAAGCAUAGAGCAAGGAAUGCUGCUGGGAGAAUAUCGAUGGGAAGACAGCACCCAAACGAAAGGUGUGAGACCAUAUCUGAGGGAGGUUAUUCAAAACCUUGUGGUUAUACAUGACCAGGUCAGCUCGAUAUCAUCGUCCUUUGUUAAGAGAAUAUUUCAAAAGAUUGGAGCAAUGCUUGCUGAAGAAGUGCAAAGAAUAUUUGAAUGCUACUCAAAGUUUUCAGAAAGUGGUGCUCUACAAGCGUUUCUGGAAAUCAGUGUAUUUGAGGGAUUUCUGCGAUAUAACCUCGCAAAAGAUUCCCAGGAAAUUUUACGGAAGACACGAAAAAGUUUACCUCAGCCCUCAGAAGAGAAUUUAAGAAAAGUAAAUGAGAUGGUCACUGAAUUCAACAAACAGAUGUUUUUCCAGUUGUCGUGUUUCUGGCCUGCGCAGGAGGUGCAAAGAUUUGCAGAAAUGCAUGGUCUUUUGAGUGAUUUUGAUGAGAAACGCAGCCAGUCUUUUGGCAGUAAAGACAGACCUGUGACAAAAUUGAGCAGUAAGGAAACUGGGCAGGCUUCUAGUGCUCCUCCAAAGGCAGCACGUGGCAAAAAGAAUCCAACUGCUAGCAUUGCUGUGAAGGAGACAGAAAGCGCAACGCCUCCAGCCAAGCCUGCUCGUGAUAAUGAUGCUGAUUCUAGCUCAAUUAGAAGAAGUGACCCUGUUUUAUGCACCAAACCAUCUCAAAAGAAAAAGUUAGUAGAUAUUGCUCAUGAAAAGAAAAAGCAAAAGCCUCCUGUUAGCCAUGAUGGAAACAAUCCAUUCCUAGAAGAUUCUUCAAAUCCCUUUGAAGAGAAAGAACCAUCAAAUCCGUUUGAAGAUGAUACAUCAAAUCCGUUUUUAGAUUCAGAUGAAGGAGGGGCAGGAUCUGGCAAUCCUUUCCUUGACUAAGCCUUACCUAGCUUAGAUGGCUGUAAGACUUAAAUAGAUUUAAGCAAAAGCUUUCUUUGCUAUUAAUUAUAAUGAAAAUUAUAUCUCUUAUCAAUAUAUGUUUAUUAAUUUUUGAAGCAAAUUAAACACGAAUAAAAAAUCGUAGUGAAUUUUUAUAUUCCGUUUGCCCUGUCUUCAGUCUCGUUGUUUUAAAAGCAACAGGUUCCUUUUGAUUUGUUUGAAGAAGUGGUAGACCGCCAAUCAUAUACAUUCAUAAAGGGGAGCAAUACCUACCUGCAUUAAGUUGUAAAAAUUCACGAUAUGGCCAUAUAGAAUGCUGCUCUUCUUGUCUGUCUUCUUUUUAUUCAUCAGUUCAUCAAUUUUUUUUCUAUUAUUUCUCCUCAUGGAUUGAAGUAGGAAGCUUCCCUAUAUGCACCGAGAUUCCAUUCCAAGCUCUUAGAACAUUAUAUGAAUUUUUUUAAUUUUUUAAAAAUUACUUUGAAAAAGGCAGGCAUUUUGAAACAUACUUAAGCUUUUGUCUGACACUCCAACCAGUGUAUAUGCAUUCUGGUUCAAGCAACAUUAGCUGCUAUCUUUAUUUAUAGAUUGUCUCUGCAUUGGAAAUUUCUAAAGAUUUUUAAAACACCUUUGCUGAAUUAUUAUUUUGAGGGUUAGGGGUGAAGAAUUAAGGGGA